AUGAUAAAAAAGCAAAGUCACAUGGAGAGUCUAAUGGUGGAGGUGGGAAUAGAUAUUGAUGGGCAGGUGGAGAGUACUGAGAGUGACAGUGAUGAUUCAAGUUCCAGACGCAUUUCAAACAGUCGUCACGUGCGCUAUUUAAAAAAAAUAAAAGACGAAACUGAGGAAAGUGAAAGCGAUGAUGAGGAGAUUUCUAUACCAAAAAGGAAAAGAAUAGCCAGGAAAAAAACAGUUAGAAGAAAAGGAAGAGAAAAUGAUGACGAAGAAACAGAAAGUGAGGAUGAAGAUGAUGUUGAGCCACCUACUAAUAAGGGGAGAGCCAGAAAAGAUAAGAACGGCAAUGACAACAAGAAAGUGAAACAGGAAGUGAAUGGAAAAGGAAAUUCUAAAAAUCAAAAGAACCAGAAAAAGAAAGGGAAAAAAAGCAGUUCUUCAUCAUCUUCAUCAAGUUCAGAUGAAGAUAGUAUGUCUGAGAGUGAAAGAGAAAGGCUGAUGGAGAAUAUUGAAGAAAAGAAAAAACUGGUUUCCACUAUUAGAAGCAAACCUUGGCGCAUGAGGAAAAAACUUUCCCAUAUCAGGGAAGCUCAGGAUUUUAUAGAAAAAUAUGAGGGUGCAUUGGGAAGAGGAAAAGGGAGAAAGCUGUAUGCAUAUAAAGUCAUGAUGGUCAAGAAAUGGAUGAAGUUUAAAAGAGAUUUUGAGAAUUUUAAAACAGCGUGUAUUCCAUGGGAAAUGAAAAUUAAAGAAAUUGAAAGUCACUUUGGAUCCUCUGUGGCAUCAUACUUUAUUUUUCUUAGAUGGAUGUAUGGUUUGAAUUUAGUCCUUUUGUCCUUGGUAUUUGGCCUGAUCGUUAUUCCAGAGCUCUUGAUGGGAUUACCAGCUGGAAGCAUACCAAGAAAAACUAUACCAAGAGAUGAGCAAGCAACUUCACUGAACUAUGGUGUGCUCACUGAGUUUGGGGGAAUUUUAAAGUACUCAGCUCUCUUCUAUGGCUACUACAAUAACCAACGCUCUAUCGGCUUCCUAAAAUAUAGACUUCCUCUGGCAUAUUUUCUCGUUGGUGUAGGUGUUUUUGGAUACAGUCUAAUUGUUGUAAUAAGAACAAUGGCAAAGAAUAUCAAUGAAAGCACUUCAGAUGGGGAUGAUAAUGAAUUUUUGUUCAGUUGGAAAAUGUUUACAAGCUGGGAUUACCUCAUAGGAAACCCUGAAACUGCAGACAACAAGUUUGCAUCAAUAACAACGAGUUUUAAGGAAUCUAUUGUGGAUGAACAGGAGAAUACAAAAGAAGAAAAUGUUCACCUGCGGCGUUUUCUAAUAUUUCUAGCAAAUAUUCUCAUUUUAAUUUGCCUGGGGGGAAGUGGUUAUCUUAUUUAUUUUGUUGUAAAGCGGUCACAGCAAUUCAAGAAAUUAGAUAACCCAAGCUGGUACCAGAAUAAUGAGAUAGAAAUUGUUAUGUCUCUGCUAUCAAUGUUUUGUCCUCCACUUUUUGAAACCAUUGCUGUUAUGGAAGACUAUCACCCUAGAUAUGCCUUAAAAUGGCAGCUUGGGAGGAUAUUUGCUCUGUUUCUGGGAAAUCUCUACACAUUCUUGUUGGCUUUAAUUGAUGAUGUGAAUUCAAAGUUGGCUGAAGAAGCGGUGGUUAAAAACACGACAAUGGCGAUUUUAGCCAAUUAUACAGCUAUGCACAAUGAUUCUGCAAAUCCAACUAUGGCUCCAGCAGAUGUCCCCAGAGGUCCAUGCUGGGAAACAACUGUAGGCAUUGAGUUCGUAAAACUCACUGUGUCAGAUACAGAAGUGACUUAUAUAACGAUUCUUCUGGGAGAUUUUGGUCGUGCUCUUAUUGUCCGAUUCCUGAACUACUGCUGGUGCUGGGAUCUGGAAGCUGGCUUUCCCUCAUAUGCUGAAUUUGACAUCAGUGGCAAUGUCCUUGGACUCAUUUUUAAUCAAGGCAUGAUCUGGAUGGGCUCCUUUUAUGCCCCUGGAUUAAUUGGUGUGAAUGUCCUACGUCUUUUAUCUUCCAUGUACUUACAGUGUUGGGCUGUAAUGAGCAGCAAUGUCCCACACGAACGUGUUUUCAAAGCAUCCAAAUCAAACAAUUUUUACAUGGGGCUUUUGUUACUCGUUCUCUUCAUGAGCUUGCUUCCAGUUGCAUACACCAUCAUGUCUCUGUCUCCCUCAUUUGACUGUGGACCUUUCAGUGGAAAGAAUAGAAUGUUUGAUGUAAUUCAAGAGACCAUUGAGAAGGAUUUCCCUAAUUUUGUCAGUAAAAUUUUUGGCUACGUGUCAAAUCCAGGGAUCAUUAUAGCAGCUGUACUUCUUAUGGUCUUGGCUAUUUAUUAUCUUGAUGCUAUAUCUAAAGCUUACAAGAAUGCCAAUAUUGACUUUAAGAAGAAAAUGCAGGCUAAACGAGAGGAAGAAAAGAAUAAAAGAAAUAAUACAGUUACAACCAAUGAAACCAUGAAUGAUUUAGAAGAACUGCUGCCCCCUAGUGUCAGAGAGGAACUGCGGAAGAAGAAUGAACAAGAAAGCAAUAUGGCAGUAAAAAACGAGCCAACAAGCAAGUCUGCUUUGCUGACUGUACCAACAUCAAGUGUACCACGUGUGGCUGUUACAAAGCCACCAGCACCAAAGCAGCCUACUGUGCAACAACCAAAAGGAAAAGGAUAAAACCAUCAGUGAUUAUUAAAUUAUUUUAUCAAGUCCUGCUGCUUUAUUAAGUUUUAAAUCUGUUUACCUGUCUGCUACAUUGACAUUGUUGUGAACAUGUGUUUAUUGUUAGUGUUUAGCUAGACGUACGACCAAAAUGUUGGGUGUCCCCCAGUAAAAUAGGCCGCUAAGUUUUUUCCCCAGACGACUGCUCCUGUUAUGAGAAAAGUGCACCGUCCUGUGGAAAAAAGCUCUCUCAGCGCCCCGCUGGCAUUUUACUUACCUUCCUACCAGCAUCCGAGGUGUCCCUUGUGCAAAUGCCUGUUUGAACAUUUGCAGUGGAUUAAACAUAGCGAGAUCUACUCUACUGCACAUGUGCUAAUGCCAAGAGCUAAAGUAACAGGAUACCAGUGCAGCACCUAGGCAGUGAGCAAUGGCUCAUGGAAAAACUUAGCAAUCUAUUUCACUGGGGGGGGGGCGCAUAGUGAGCGGAAUUUUCUGGAAG